AUGUUGUCUCGUUUCCCCAUGUCGGCGUCGAGGCGGCUUUCAGCUUUAUCGGGCCAAGUAAGAGCAGCGAGCACCAUGAAGGAAGCAAUCGUGUCGAGAGGACCCAAGGUUGAGAUUAUCGACAGCCCCAUUCCCAAAGCUGGGCCUGGACAGGUUGUGACAAAAAUCGUCUUCUCGGGCAGCAAUCCUAAAGACUGGAAGCGACCAGAAUAUUGGGGCGCCAGAGGCACUGGCAACCAGGGCGAUGACAUUUCAGGCAUUGUCCACGAAGUUGGUGAGGGCGUCUCCGAAUUCAGGCCCGGCGACCGCGUCGCAGCCAUGCAUGAGAUGAAGCAGCCGGGAGGGAGUUAUGCCGAGUAUGGUGUCAGCUGGGCGUACACGACAUUUCGUCUGCCCGACAAGACAUCUUUUGAGGAGGGCGCUGCACUGCCUCUGACUGCCUUGACCGCUGCGUGCGGUCUCUAUGCGCGUCUCGGACUCCCCGAGCCAUGGCUUCCUGCGUCUGAUUCUCAGAAGAUCCCACUGGUCAUUUGGGGCGCCUCAUCAGCCGUUGGGUCAUACGCCGUUCAGCUCGCCAAACGUUCCAACAUUCACCCCCUCAUUUGCGUCGCCGGUCGCGCCCAGGAGCAUGUGGAGAAGCUGAUUGACAGAAGCAAGGGCGACACGGUCAUUGACUACCGUAAAGGCCACGAAGCCGUGGCUGAGGAGAUGAAGGCCAGUUUGAACGGGGCCAAGCUCGAGUACGCAUUCGACGCUAUUUCCGAGGAUGGUUCGUACCAGACCAUUUGCGAGGUUCUCGACCACCAUACAGGAAAGAUCACCAAUAUUGUGCCUGCGCAGUCGUACUCGGAUAUUCCCAAGACGAUUCAAAAAUCAGUCACGACGGUCGCUAGCAUUCACGAGGAUCUGAAGGAUUUUGGUUAUGUUUAUACGCGGUAUUUUAGCAAGGGUUUGGAGGAGGGCUGGCUGAAGGCGCAGCCGCAGGAGAUUGUCCCAGGUGGACUGGAGGGCGUUGAGAAGGGCCUCACAAACCUCAAGAAUGGCACUGCGAGUGCGGUCAAGUAUAUUUUCAGGAUCGCUGACACUCCAGGUGUACAGUCGUGA